UUAUUAUUAGUGUUUGAUUUGUUCUGUAGUACAUUUUAGUAUUUCAAAUGUGCUAUUAUUAUUAUUAUUAUUAUCAUUAUUAUUAUGUCUGAAUAUGAUAUAUUCUGAUUUGUAUACGAGAGAGUUAAUGAGGAGUAUCUUUCUCCUAAUUCCACCCAAUUAAGUGAAGCCAAUGAUCAACCUACUGAGCUUAAGUAUAAAUCACCCAAAAACUAAUGAACAGAAACGAAAUAGUGUCCAAACAACACCUACGUGUCGUGAUCGAUCCGUUUUCUCUUCUUUCAGGAAUUUUAUCGAACACUUGGCUAACUUUCCUUCAUGUUCAUCACAAACAAACAACUUAUAGAUUACACGUGGCGUAAACCCAGAAUAAGCAUCUGAGCUCACCUAACGUGUCUCUACACCCAGUUUCUUCCUUUCUCACACCGUUAUAGCUCCUGCUUCAUCCAUCGUCAUCUUCAACCUUCAGUUGUACCUUCGAUCCAACCCUAAAACAACUCAUAAUGCUACGCUCUAAACAGGCCCUUCUGUUCCCAAGAACCAUUUGGGUCAAUCAUUUUCAUUACAGAAGCCUCCAUCGGAAAGCUGACCUCGAAAAAGUUGGACCCUUAGCUUCCCUUCUGAAAUCACGCUCCGUUGUCCGGUUCCGUGGCCCAGACACCGUCAAAUUCCUCCAGGGACUAUUGACUAACGAUGUACGGCGAUUAGCUGAGUCCGCGAGUGAGAAGAAUUCAUCGACUCUAGUCACGCCCAAUUUGGCUACGGUCUCCGCUCCGCCCAUGUACGCCGCAUUGUUGAGUCCUCAGGGGAGAUUCUUGUACGACCUGGUUCUGUAUAGACCGGCGAGAGCCGAGGAUAAGCUUAACGAGACUGGAUCAGGACCCGGGUCCGACUCAGAUGAGGCUUUUGAGCUCUUUGCUGAUGUUGAUGCUUCUGUCUUGGAUGAGCUCUUGAACACCUUAAAAAGGUAUCGUUUGAGGUCCAAGGUUGAGAUUGAAAACGUAGGAGAAGAUUUCUCUUGCUGGCAGCGUUAUGGGGGAAGCCUUACUAAAACUUCCGCAGAUGUAGAAGAGCCAGAGGCUGCUAGCGUUGGUUGGGGUUCCGGUGUUGAUCGUUCUGGGGAGUCAGCUUCCCAUGGGAACAAUCAUGGAACACAGUGGUACAAGGAUCCUAGGUUGGAUUGCCUUGGUUUUAGGGGAAUCUUCCCAUCUAAUACAACACCACCUCUAAUUGAAGCUGAUAAAGAAACUGAUGAAAAGAAUUUCAUUUUAUGGAGAGUAGAAAACGGAGUUGCAGAAGGCUCAAUUGAGAUUCCAAAAGGUGAGGCAAUUCCUCUUGAAUACAACCUGAUUGGACUGAACGCAAUAAGCUUUGACAAAGGUUGUUAUGUUGGCCAAGAGUUUGUAGCCCGGACCCACCAUCGUGGGGUCAUUCGCAAGCGCUUGCUUCCUUUGAGAUUUGUUAAUGGCCAUGGAGAAGAAUUGGAACAGAAAAUCUCUCCUGGCUCAGAAGUUGUUGAUUCCAAGUCCGGCAAGAAAGUCGGUGCUAUAUCGACUGUGAUUGGAUGUCGAGGGCUGGGUGUCCUGCGUCUGGAGGAGGCCUUCAAAAGAUCAAGUGCAUUAACCAUACAAGGACAAGAAGAUGUAAAAGUUGAGGCUACAAGGCCAGAAUGGUGGCCUGCUGAAUGGUUUCAAGACUAUCAACAGGACAUGGCAGUUGCUUAAGAAAUUUGGUGUUGCCCAUUUUGAAUUUUUACCAGUUUUACUGAAUGAAUUCAUAUGAGCUUGUACUUGGUUCGUUUAUUCUUUAAUAUAGAUGAAAGCCAAAAUAAUAGAAAGAAACAGGAAGGAGAAAGAGGUAAUAAAAUAUCAUAUUGUUCUCAUGAA